CCUUCCCUCAGCGCAGAUCGAUCCAGAGUUCCAGACAACAUCGCGCAAGCCUCGGCACGAGCACGACGGCGAUGGCAGCCGGCGGCGAGCUGCAGCUUUUGGGCUCGUGGUACAGCCCGUACGUGAUCCGCGCCAAGGUGGCCCUGGGGCUGAAGGGGCUCCGCUACGAGUACCUCGAGGAGGACCUCUUCAGCAAGAGCGACCUCCUCCUGAAAUCCAACCCAGCGCACAAGAAGGUGCCCGUCCUCGUCCACGGCGGCCGCCCGGUGUGCGAGUCGCUCGUCGUCGUGCAGUACGUCGACGAGGCUUGGGCGGGGACCGGGCCGCCUCUCCUCCCUGGCGACGCCCGUGACCGCGCCACGGCCCGCUUCUGGGCGGCCUUCAUCGACGACAAGUUUUUCCGGGCGUGGAGGGAACUGUUCAGGUCGACGACCGAUAGCCAGAGAGCAGAGGCGUUCAGGAGCGUCGUCCCCCGGGUGGAGACGCUGGAGCAGGCGUUCAUGGAGUGCUCCGAGGGGAAGGCCUUCUUCGGCGGCGACGCCGUCGGGCUCGCUGACGUUGCGCUGGGGAGCUUCCUGGUGUGGAUUCAGGUGGUGGACGAGGUGUCCGGCACCAAACUUCUGGACGGGGCCAGGUUCCCGGGCUUGGCGGCGUGGGCGGAGCGGUUCCUGGCCGUCGACGCCGUCAAGGACGCGAUGCCGGAAUUCGAGAGGCUCUUGGAGCACUACAAGGGGUUUCUGGCUAAAUUGGCUUCACCUGCUGCGCCAGCUGGCUAUAGCUGAUUCCUUACUGUUUUGUCGAUGCGAUUGUACUGUGACAAGUAUCUGCUGUGCGAUACUUACUGUUGAAUGACCUAAAUUAAAAUAGUGCUACCUGUACUUUUUUUUCGAGAAAAAGAGAAGUUCCAGAAAUAAGUUGGUCCAA